AUGAGCUCGAAAAGGAGAGUUUGCUAUUAUUUCCAUCAUGACUUGCCGAAUUUCCAUUAUGGCCCGCGACAUCCUAUGAAGCCACAACGUCUAGCAGCUCUCCACAGUUUGGUAGUAAAUUAUGGAUUGCAUAAAGAAAUGCUUGUUCUUCAACCACCAAGUGCAUCUGCCAUUGAAAUUGAACAGUUUCAUUCCAAGGAUUAUGUUGAUUUUCUGCAACGAGUAUCACCGCGAACGGCUGACCAGUUUGAACAUCUUUUUUCGCAAUAUAAUAUCGGUGAAGAUUGUCCGAUUUUUAGUGGUAUUUUCGAAUUUUGUUCACUUUAUACGGGAGCAACUCUUAGCGGUGUCGCUCGAUUAAAUCAUGGCUUAAGUGAUAUAGCUAUCAAUUGGAGUGGUGGUCUUCAUCACGCCAAAAAGCGCGAAGCUUCAGGAUUUUGCUAUGUAAACGACAUUGUUAUAGGUAUUUUGGAGUUACUCAAGUAUCAUCCUCGUGUACUUUAUAUCGAUAUUGAUAUACAUCAUGGUGACGGAGUUCAGGAAGCAUUUUAUUUAACUGAUCGUGUAAUGACCGUUUCGUUUCACAAAUAUGGCAAUUAUUUUUUCCCGGGAACUGGAGAUAUGUAUGACGUCGGGCAGGAUAGUGGACGCUAUUAUUCAGUUAACGUCCCUAUGAAAGAAGGAAUGGAUGAUGAGAGUCAGAAUAUUAAUACUUAUUCAAAUUACCAUUCGUUAUUCAAACCAGUUGUACGAGCUGUCAUUGAUUGUUUCAAUCCUUCUGUUAUUGUACUGCAAUGUGGAGCAGAUUCGUUGGGGUGUGAUCGUUUAGGAUGUUUCAAUUUAAGCUUCUCAGGUCAUGGAGAAUGUGUCGAUUUUGUUCGUAGUUUGGGAAUUCCCAUGCUCACCGUUGGUGGUGGAGGAUAUACGCUGCGUAAUGUUGCACGAUGUUGGACUUAUGAAACUGCAAUCUUAGUAGGCAAGAAAGAUGACAUCCCAGACGAAAUCCCUAAUAACACCGGUACACAUUUAUAUGAAAAAGAAGUUUUUGGGCUUAUUGUCAUAGCUUGUAACAGAAAACUCUUGCUUACUUACGGGAGCUUCACACGUGUGCUUUCAGAAUACUUACAGUUCUUCGCACCCGAAUUCACAUUGAGACCAACAUUAGCAAAAAGACAGGAAAACCAAAAUACCAAAGAGUAUAUCGCUGCUUUGAAACAUGAAGUUCUUGACCAUCUUAGGCAAAUCCGACACGCCCCCUCAGUGCAGAUGCAAGAAGUACCACCCGACCUUCUAGACCCCGAUCAGGUUUUCACUAUAGAAGAUCCAUCACCGGAUGUUCUUCCUACUGAUGAUGAUCCGGAUGGCAACACGUAUUACGGCAUCAGUUCCGAGAACUUUUAA